AUGACGGCCUCGGCGCUGCAGGCCGAGCGCCACCUGCUCCUCCUUGGCAGCGGCCGCCACCGGCCCCUCCUCCGCAUGCUCCCGCCACGCGUGCCCCUCCCGUACCGGCGCCGCAGCUGGCCCCGGGCCGUGAGGGUGUCACACGGCGACGGCGGGGGCGCGGGAGGGUUCGCGAGCGCCGUGGAGAAGCGCUCGAUUCCGGGGAUAGUUGGGGAGGAGGAGCAUGGAGCGAGGGGAGAGGAGGAGUUGGAAGGAGAAGUGGCCGGGGCUUUGGAGCUGAAGUGGCCGCCGUGGGAGGGGUUGGCCGAGCGGUACAAGCUCAUCGGCGCGACCUCCCUCGCCUUCGUCAUCUGCAACAUGGACAAGGUUAACUUGAGUGUCGCAAUUAUUCCAAUGUCACAUCAAUAUGGUUGGAACUCGUCAACUGCUGGCUUAGUUCAGUCCUCAUUCUUUUGGGUUUAUGCGUUGAGUCAACUACCAGGAGGAUGGCUGGCAAAAUUGUUUGGCGGAAGGAAAGUGCUUGAGGUCGGUGUUGUGACAUGGUCUUUGGCCACUGCUAUAAUUCCUGUUGUAGCAGGGUUUAUGCCAGGGCUUGUGUUGUCAAGGAUCCUGGUAGGCAUUGGAGAAGGUGUUUCACCAUCAGCUGCUACAGAUUUAAUUGCUAGGUCCAUUCCCUUGCAAGAGCGAUCAAGAGCAGUUGCUGUUGUCUUUGGUGGUUUGAGCUUUGGAAGUGUCUUAGGACUCCUGUUUGCCCCUCCCAUCAUUCAGAACCUUGGCUGGGAGUCUGUCUUUUACAUAUUUGGCCUUCUUGGGAUUGUUUGGUGCUUAGGAUUUGAAUCUCUUAAAGUGCAACAGUUCGGUGACAAAGAAGGCAUAUUAAUUAGCAAUUCUUUUUCUCACAUAUGCACAAAGAGUAGGUGCAAGGUCAGGAAUGGAGGAGCUUUUGACGGUGCAACUCCUUCCCUAGCAAAGGCACAACAUUCCUUCAAAGAGGAAUUGAGUCUUUGGUGCUUCGCUGGUGCUCGAAAACUUCAGAAGCUAGUUUUUGGUUGUGGAGAGGUGCUAGUGCAUCAAGUCACAGAACUGUUAUCAAGUUCUGACAUUGAUGAAAAAUUAAAAAAAAUGAGUUCCAUAGUCAAGGUACGAAAAAUUUGCCAAACAAUUGCCUUUGUGUCACCUGCGACUUUCAUGAUGCUUUCCUCUGUGGAUCUUGGACUGCCUCCCUGGGAAAUUGUUGCUUUUCUUACAAGUGGUCUAGCACUCUCCAGAUUCGCAUUGUCAGGGCUUUAUUGCACCCAUCAAGAUAUCUCUCGUGAAUAUGCAAGCAUUCUCCUGGGAAUCACAAACACUGUAGGCGCUGUGCCAGGGAUUGUAGGCGUUGCACUGACAGGCUUUCUGCUUGAUUCAACUCAUUCUUGGAGUAUAUCACUCUUUGUGCCUUCUAUCUUGUUUUACUUAACUGGUACUGCUGUAUGGUUAGCAUUUGCAAGCAGUGAGCCCCAGGAUUUUUCCAAGUCAGAACCUGAGUCAUGA